CAGCGGCACCAGCAGCAGCAGCAGCGGGUCGAGCGGAGCGCAAGGUUUUGGGUAGCUCCCGUUUCGUUUUUACGCACCGGGCCCGGGGCUCCUUCCCUUGGCGCGGUGGCUGGGGCCCGGGACGCCAGCCCGGCGGGAUGGCCCGGCUUUCGCUGCCUCGCCUCUGCCCGCCGUUCUCCUCUUCUUCCUCCUCCUCCUCCUCCUCCUCCUCGUCGUCUCCGCCGCCGUUGCUGCUCCUCCUGCAGUUGCUGGUGCUUCUCCUGUGCCGCGGCAGCUCCGGCAACCGACACGCGGUGCAUUGGAACAGCUCCAACCCGCACUUACGGCGAGAGGGUUACACGGUCCAGGUGAGCGUCAAUGACUACCUGGACAUCUACUGCCCCCAUUACAACACCUCGGUGCCCGAGGGGCGCAUGGAACAGUACAUCCUCUACAUGGUGAGCCUGGAGGGGUACCAGACAUGCGACAUCAGCCAAGGCUUCAAGCGCUGGGAGUGCAACCGGCCUCGCGCCCCACACAGCCCCAUCAAGUUCUCGGAGAAGUUCCAGCGUUACAGUGCCUUCUCACUGGGUUAUGAGUUCCACGCUGGCCACGAAUAUUACUACAUCUCCACUCCAACGCACAAUCACCGCCGGUCCUGCUUGCGAAUGAAAGUCUUUGUCUGCUGCCAUUCCCCGUCGUUUUCUGGGGACAGAGUGGUACCAACUCUUCCGCCAUUCACUGUAGGGCCCGAAGUGAAGAUUGAGGAUCUGGAUCAUUUUAACCCCGAGAUGCCCAAACUGGAGAAGAGCAUCAGUGGGACGAGUCCGAAGUGGGAACACUUGCCUUUAGCCCUGGCAGUCGCUUUCUUCCUUAUGAUUUUCCUAGCCUCCUAGCUGUGUGGAUCGGAGGGGUAAGGGGGCCCAGCAGUAGCCCCCUCCCCAUCACACGAGCCCGGUCUCUUCCUCAAGGUCUCCUUGGCUGUUGGGUUGGCACAGGACAGAGAGAAAACAAAGUAUAUUCACCGUGAAAUUUCAGAGCAAGACACGUUUGACAGGGCUGGGUGUGGAAAAGGGCGGGGGGGUCGCCGAAGAGAACAGCGAGAUUUCACGGGCCUAACGCUCCUCCGUCCAGAUAAUCGUGAUCUCCACUUUCGCCGUCUUCUCCGCUUCCCGCCACACGCCGAGGAACAACCCUGCUUUUUCAAGGCGGGGAUCCAGAAUUUAACACAAAAACGAAAAACGGGGCUCUUCUUUUCUUCCCCCCCCCUCCUUUUUUUUUGUUAAAAAAAAUAUAUCAUUCUGCUAUUCCUGAGUGCGAUGACUUUCGAUCGCCAUCCCGUCUCCCUCUCGUUCUCUCGUCUCGCCCGGUACAAGCGGACAAAACGAGCGGGUGAAUCCGCAAAAAAAUCGUACCCGUAAGGAUUUGGGGAGGUUCAGGACACGGACCGUUUGUUAAACCUGGCUGUUGGUGGGGGGGGGAAGUUGGAGGGGGGGGUCAGCCAGGGAGAGGACCCUGCUUGAAAGAGGGGGGGGUGUUGCACCCCCACGGAGCUUCCGAUGUCCGCGAUUUUUCGAGGCGUCCACGGCGUCUCCCCAGUACGCACCUUGAGGUCGACGGACACCCGCUAUUUUGGAACGGGGGUGGGUGGGAAUCCUGUACAUAUCUCUAUGUGUUCUGUACAGAGAGGCACCCUUAUUAUCCUGUGUCUAUAGAUUAUAUGAAAUUGUUCUCAUGGGGGGGUUUUCUUUUUGGGGGGUGGGGUGGGCUGGGGUGGGGCAGCUCUUCCUGUCUGUCUUCUGUGAAGACCAAACCUAUGCAAGUGGCACCGUCACUUUUUUUUUCCCUUUGGGGCGGGUGGGAAUUUGGGGGGUGGGGGGCAAGUGGUAAAAGCGACGGCCAAAUCCACGCGGUGAAAUAAAAAAAACACCCCGAAAAUGAUGAUAAGGGGGGGCAAAACUAAAAAAAAUUGACGACGAAGAUUUCUCUCUGCGUGUACGUGUGUUGGAUGGUUUGACGGUUUAUUAUAUAUUUUGGGGUUUUUUUGUUUUUCUUCUUCUUAACUUUCGGGCUUGGGGUUUUGAUUAUUAUGAUUAUUAUUAUUAUUGGGUUUCUGUCCCCCCAAAGAAAGAACUUUGGCUUGUCGUUUUCAUAUACUUCCUCUUAGUCUAUUAAAAAAAAAAAAUUAAAUAAAAGG